AUGGCCCAACAACAAACCGAUUCCGCCUCAUGGCGAGCAAGCAAUCGCCAUCUUCAGAUCCUGCAAGCAGCUGAGCAAGGAAACUACGGCGUAAUCGCGGCUAUUGCGUACAACAUUGAGCAGAUUCUCGGCCUGAUUGAGGCUGCCGAAACCGCGCGGUCACCACUGAUUAUCCAAUUUUUUCCAUGGGCAGUUACAUUUUCAAAGGGACUUCUAAUUCGAGCGGCGGCAGAUGCUGCGCAACGAUGCAGCGUGCCCAUUUCAAUUCAUCUCGACCACGCGCAGGAUGAGACCCUUAUCAAACAGGCGGCCGAUACAUUACCGUUUGACAGUAUUAUGGUGGAUAUGUCCCAUCACGAGAAGCAAGACAACCUUGCCAAAACAGCCGGGCUGGUAAGGUAUUGUCAAGAGCGCGGUAUCGCGACCGAAGCAGAGCCUGGCAGAAUCGAAGGGGGUGAGGAUGGCGUGAUGGAUACAGCCGGCUUAGAAGGAAUGAAGACUACAAUCGAGGAGACCGAUGAGUUUUUAGCCACAGGCGUCGAUGUUCUUGCCCCAGCAAUUGGGAACGUCCACGGAGAGUAUGGACCCCAGGGUCCUAACUUGGAUUUUGAUCGACUGAACAAGAUCCGAGAACACAUGGGCGGGAAAGCUAAGAUCGCUCUGCAUGGCACGAAUGGCUUCUCACCGGAAUUGAUGAAACGUUGCAUUGUGGCCGGCGUCACCAAGAUUAAUGUCAACAAGCUAGUCCUUGACGAUUACUCCGGGCAUCUAGCUGCUAAUGCAGGCAAAAUCCCCCAGACAAUCCUGAUGGAACAAGGUGUCAAGAAGACUGUUGAUCUCACAAUGAAAUGGAUGGAAGUGUGCGGGUCUGCUGGUAAGGCAUGA